CGCGUCGGCCGAACGGCGCGGACCGGUAUCUCGCGGUUGACAAACGCUCGCUAGUAACACGUCGCGUGUGUACCUGUGUUUUUUUUAAUUUUAUUAAUAUUUUUUAUCUGUGAUUCUGUGUCAGGAUUUUUUUUCACUAAACAGAACAGUACCUAAGCAACAUUCCGGAGGCAUAACUCUUGGAGUAUUAAAAAAGAUUGGCUGUGAAUCAACUAAGUUAAGACUAUUUCGUAUGCGACCAGCAAGCUAGCUGAUAAGAAUCCAAAGGGUUCCGUACCCCAAACCAAAGAUGAGACGGGUGACGUGGUGGGUGGCGCUUUUUGCGCUUUUCGCCGCCACUAUCGCAGAAACCACUGAAGAACUAGUAAGAGGAGAAUCAGUGGAGAGCGCGAGCACAUCAACAGGCAGCUCCCAAGAAGAGACUGAGGAACCCAAAGCCUUCAUGAGGACACCAGCAGUUGGUGGAGUAGCAGUCAGGAGUGGGGAAGACGCUCUGCUCACCUGCGUGGUUUUAGGAGCUAAAGGACGACCGGUCCUUUGGAGGCGGGCGAAGGAUCUUCAGCUCCUGACUGCUGGAGGCGUCAGGGUUACCAGAGAUGAUAGGGUCGAUGUUCUACAUGAUGAUACCGACGAGCCUCUGCCGGGCCCAGGUAUCGCGAAAGGAGGCGACGUAUGGGCGCUGGUCAUCAAGUCAGUGAAGGCUUCAGAUGCUGGCCUGUACAUGUGUGAGCUGAACACAGAACCGCCUGUCAGGAGCUUCCAUAAGCUUACAGUUAUCUCCCGAGGCCUAACACCACCAGAAAAUCAGAACGUAACGGACAGCUACUCAGCAAACAUUCCUACACUCUCAUCCCUCGCACUCUCCCACAACUAUACGGACUGCUGCAUCGCUGCCAAUGUGACGAAGACCUGCCUCGGCUUCUGCAGCAUACAGACCAUACUGGAGGGUACAGGCCAGGACCCGGAGACUUGCCAGCCUGACUUCCCUGCUAUUGUCAAAUGCAUGGCAGACGGGCGUAAUCACGUCCCCUGCUGCGUGCAGGAGCGAGUGCCCGACAUAUGCCAGGAUGUCUGCCGGGGAGAGUUCACGCCGGUCACGGAUAAUAUCAAGACCCACUACUCCUGCGCUUCUUAUAUGGAGAAGACGCUGGCUUGUAUUGUGGAGGGGAUCGAACUCCUCCCAAGUCCCCCAGAAGACGUGGAAGUGGAACCACUAAACGAGAAGCAACUAAACGUAUCAUGGAGUCCACCAGUAGAAAACACCGACUCGGUUAUAGAGUAUGUGGUCAACGUGACCACACUGCGCUCAUUCGAUGCCCACCUCAUCGAUCCCUCAGAGAGUUCCAUUAAAAACAAUGGAACUAUGAAGAGUAUUCUGCCUAUGACUUACAAAGUGCCUCCGAAUAAGACUUACUUUGUUCUGAACGAUUUGCUGCCUUUUACCAUGUAUGAGAUCACAGUUACUUCGUAUAAUAUUCACGGGUCAAGUUUGCCGAGUUAUGCAAUCAGGUCCCUCACCCUGACUCCUGGGAAGAUGAAGUCAACAGAAGUAGCAGCGGCGCCCAAACUGCCCGACGUUCGCGGUUGCUGUGUCUCCGCCGGGGUCAACCACUAUGGUUGUGUUGAUAAGCUCUGUGAUCCCACCAAGACCUUCGAGAUUGCACUGCAGGUGACAGAUCUGAUGAUCUGCGCGCCCUGGGCCGGCGUGACCUUCGGCUGCCUCGCCAACGGCAUGGACCAUACUCCGUGCUGCAGGUCCAAGGGGCUCCCGGAGUCGUGUUUGCCGUUGUGCAGCGGCAAUAUUACGACGCUUGACUUCAAUCAUUUCAAGUGCCUCCGCUACAUGAACUCCUACACCAACUGUCUCCUUCGCGGCUACGGGGUCCUUCCAGGAGCUCCCUCCCGGCUGUACCUCACGAACAUCGAUACAGACUAUGCAGUAGUCCACUGGUCUCCUCCCACAGUACUGGCUGAUACUGUCCAGUAUUAUAACUUGCAUUACAAGAGUCUGCAGACCGGAGAUGAGUACAGGAUUCUUGAGAAGGUGCAUUCUCCUUACAUCUUAGAAGACUUGGAGUCCAACAUGGACUAUGAAAUUUUCUUAGAAGCAGUCAACGAACAUGGAGUUGGUGACGCCUCACCCAGACUUAUCUUCAGGACACAGAGUCAAGUAAUAGAAGAAGAAGAAGAAGCAUCGAACGCCUACAACGUGACGGCUUGCUGCGAGCGUGUGCAGCUGGCAGGAGUGUGCAUGCCUUUGUGUUCAUAUGAUGCCAAGAUGUCAGACCUGAGGAUGUUGGCGCCGCUGUGUGCUCAGGACUUCCAUAAGUUACUGCGUUGUGGUGCUGGAGGCCGUAACCACGAGCAGUGUUGCUGGCGUCGCGGCGUGCCGGGCGCGUGCGGCGGCGUGUGCGCGGGCGCCGCGCCACAAGCGCUCAACUCCUGCGUGCCCUACAUCGGCAACAUCGUGCAGUGCUUCGAGGAGGGAACCGGUCUCCUCCCCGGUCCACCCCGAGAGCUGCACGCAGUAGUGUCCACAACUAAAGUGUUCCUGGACUGGGCGCCGCCGCAAGAUGGCGCUAACGUCACCUCGUAUGUCGUCCACUGGCAGAAGAUAGAUAAUAACUCGCAGCCCUACAGCUAUAAUACUAUGCAGAGUACUUACAAUAAAAUCAACACCACAGACACAAUGACGCACUUAGAGAAUCUAGAAGUGAACAGUACGUACCACGUGUUCGUGGUGGCUGCGAACAGCUUCGGCGAGUCUCUGCCUUCCAGCAUGCUACUGUUCAACGUCUCUGAUACUGAAGAGAAAGAAGUAGCAGGAAUACCGUCACCGCCACACUCGCUGUCCGUCUCUUCUCACUCGGCAACAUGGCUGACCCUCACAUGGCAGCCUCCUCAGUUCUCGCAGCCCGACGAGAAGAUUACGUACACGUUAUUCUUCAAAUCACCAGCCCAACUCAGCCAGACGAACGUGACAAACAUCACCACGACAGUCCCAGGACAUACCCUGGAGAAGUUGUCUCCUAACACACAGUACGUCAUCUGGGUGAAGGCUCAUGCGGCUGCCGGGGACUCGCAGCCUUCGGAGACGCUGUUGGCCUGGACUGAUCCGGCUUACCCGGCUUAUGUUGAGCCACCAUCAGUGAACCCCGUGAACUUGGUGGUAGAAGGGUCCAGUAUGACAAUCCUUUGCAUCGCUAUGGGAACACCCACGCCUACUAUAUCGCUGUAUAUUUCUGGCCGUCUCGUCCGUCAAGAAGUAACUCGCCACAUGGUAACAGUGAUACACAACGUGACGCGCGACAUGGACCAGAUCUCUUGCUACGCUGACAACGGCUACGGAACCCCCAUGCAGGCUUCCAGGAAGAUCAAUAUUUCACACGUACCCACAAUCCAAGCCUCAGGCAUCACAAUGGCAGCAGCAGGAGACGCCGUGAUCCUCGAGUGCAGGGUCGAAGCGCUCCCCAAACCCACCAUCGCCUUCUGGAGAGACCCCAACGGGAGAACCGCUGUUAUUGACGGCCCUAACUACACUAUACAGUUGUUGGCUGAUCCUGAGGAACAAACAAAAUACACAAUGCGUCUGAUAAUAAAGAAGAUAGCUGAAGCCGACGAAGGGGACUACUUCUGUCACGCCGAGAACGCUUUCGGCAAGACUCUGCGGCCCGUGUCCGUCAGGCUACGACCUUCCACUCCUCAUCAUAAUGUUACGGAGUGCUGUACACAGAUGAACGUGUCAUCAUCGUGCAUCGACGCGUGCAGCUUCCACUUAGACAUGGACAACAUCAUGGACCGUCCUGAGUGCAUGAAUGACUUCGAGAAGCUCAUGAAGUGUGCUGCCGAUGGCUCCGAUCACCGCAGCUGCUGCGCCUCAUGGGGCGUGCCCCGCAACUGCCUGGAGCUGUGCCGCGGCGGCGCGGUGUCGCGCACGUGCGCGCUGCAGCACGCGCGGCGCGCGCUGGCGUGCUUCCGCGACGCCGGCGCGCGCCUGCCCGGCCCGCCGCGCCGCCUUACUGCGCACCGAGCGCCUACGCCCAACUCUGUGCUGCUCAGCUGGGAAGCGCCUGUCAAGAACCCACAAACAGUAUACCUGUACCGCGUAUUCUGGCGAGCAUACGGCGCCAAGGUGCCGGAGAAGCUGGACACCAGCGAGACCAGCGUGGUCCUCACUGGCUUGCAGGACGAUGUCAGAUACGAGUGCGUUGUGAAGGCCGCUAAUGAUGUUGGUACCUCAUCCCUCAGCCAGCCGAUAAUGUUCACGACAGCCGGCCAGGAGUCCGGCGCCGCCGCCGCGCCCGUCAGCGGCAGCAGCGCCGCGUCGGCCGUCGGCGUCGCAGUGGCUUGCGUGCUGGUCGCCGCUAUACUGCUGGCUGCUGGCUUUUAUUAUAGAUAUAGGAAGAACCUUAGACUUAAAGCACAAGGAGGUGUAGCAUUUGAAAACCCGAGCUACCUCAGGGAACCAAAUCCUGAUACUGCCGUCAACGGUACAAUACUAAACGGCAGCGCCAACGGCUCAAACGGCACGAAUGGUGUCGCGCCCAUCCCCAACGGCGUGUCCAACUCCGCCGCCUGGAGGCAGGAGACGCUCACCAACCCUGGCACCACCGUCCCUACAGCUCGGGAGGUAGACCCGACUCUAUACGAGGAGCUGAAGCUGGGUCAGGACGGCGCGGGCUUCAAGCGCCUCAAGCCAUAGCCCGCGCCCCCGCGCCGCUCGCCCCGACACCGCGUCGCGCCGCGCUACUGAACACACACGAGUUGCAACCAAAUACUCGUUAAAAAUGGACUUCUAGUAGUGAAUACUGGUUAAAAAAAUGUUCUUCCCCCCCCCCCCCUCGAAAAAUCAAAAUUUUAAAUAGUGAUAAGUUUUCAGGGUGUCGAAGUGAAUACUUCCUCUAAAUUGUGUGAGGAUUCCCCAGAAAUUAGUGGAAAUAAAUAUUAUGAUGAUCAUAAAAGAUUUGGCUGACCUGAAACAUCUUAAGGUCUAGAUGAAGAUAGCCUGUACAGGGAUGAAAAGAAAGCCGUGAUUGAUUAUAAAUAACAAGGCCCCUCAAGGCACAUGUAAGAGAGAAAAGAAGAAGCGCAAUGCACAAGGAAAGAUAACAUUGCUGUCACGGCAUACAAACAUGACGCGCCAAAACACUAAAUUAUACUUCAAAGAAUCUAAAGAGACCAAACUCUUAUAAUUAUAUUUAAUGGGCCUGGAGAAAUUCAACAGGAAUCCCAAUUCAUCACUUCGACACGAUAUUUCGGACCAUUAGAUUUGUAAGUUUCCUUUGUAGUGGUUCGUUAUAAAAUUCCAAAUUCAAAAUUAUACUGCGCCAGUAUUAAAACAACCGUUACAAAUCAAAUGUUUGGUGUUCUAAAAAGUGAGCGAGUGAUUCAAAACCGUGUACAUUGAACAGUAGUGUUACUGAACGAUUCAAUAGUUGACGUGGCGGAGCGGACUGUAGAUAAUAAAAUAUAAAUAAAUAAAAUAAAAAAAGUAAUUAUAUUUUCAGUAUCGUACUUGUUGUGAUUUUAACCAAAAAGAGAAGACCUCAUACCUUCUUGUCAUUUCAUGUAAAUAUUUAUACUUGCCAACGAAGUGGAUUAUAAUCAUGUUAAUAUAGAAAUGAUUUACACUAUCGUUGGCUGGUGAUAAUGACGGUAUUUCUUUUACGCGCUCAGCAGUAAAAAUAAUAGCAAAAAUUGUGUAUAAAGACAUCUAAAAAGCAAAUAAAUGUUUGUAUAUAUCGACUAAAGACUGUUUGAACGCGAAAAGAAAUUGCCAUCAUGAAGAAGUCCUAGAUCACUUCAGCUUCAAACAAAGACAGAAUAAAAUUAGGUCAUUCUAUAAACAAAGAUGUGCCUUCGAGUGUUAUAUGAAGUAAUUAGUGAUAGUUUAGUUACCUGUUUGACCUGUAAAUUGUAUCUAGUGUAAAUAUACGUGUACACUAACGUUCAGUAGUCAUUUGUACAGGUGAAGAGAAAAGUCGAAGCAACCGGACAAUAUGAAAAAUAUUUUACAUUUUUGGACUUCAGACCGGUUAGUUAGGUACCCAAAAUUGUAAAAAAAAUGUAUCGAUGAUAAAAAAAGACUUUUCUCAGUAGUGUACAAUAAAGUAGUUUUGACAAGUGAUUCUGAAACUAUCUUUGUAAUAAACAAUAAUUAGGAUGUUUUUAUAAAUUGUAAAAAAAUCUCCAAGUCUUAUAAAGAAAGUUUUCGGACUGGCUCUGCCAUAUCAGUUAAGAUUAUUUUGUAAUAACGUAUUGAAAGAAAAUUAUUACAAGUUUCCGUUUACUGUAAACUUCUAAGUAUUUUAAUAAAACGUAGAGCAUGACCUAAUUUAUAUUGAAAAAAUAAUAUUUUACGAACUUUUGGAAAUCACACUAUGUACGUUUUAAAAAUAUUUUUCAUUAAAUGAUCUCAUUGAUGACCAUUCCAUUUGUCGCCUUGAAAAAAAAAUCGAAUUUCAAAAGCAAUUUAUUUUUGUGGUAGCAUAAGUAGAACGCAGUCUUUAUUUUGUCGAAAAACUGCAUUACUUACAGAAAAAAAAGAUUGUUAAUUUUUUAUUAAGCUAAGUAAAGACAUACGUACAGACAGAUAUUUCUUCAUGAAAACUAUGGCCUAAUUCCCUACAUAUAAAAAUGUUGGACAUAGUGUGACUUUGCUCAUGUGAUUGAUAGUUUUAUUUAGCACUUCUAUCAUACUAAUUGUAUAAUUUAGAUGAACAAAAGGAUGUGAUUAGAUUUGUAAAUAAUAUUAAUAAAAAAAAGGACAAAUAUGUU